AAUCCUAAUCCCACUAACUGCCUAAGUGCUAGCUGCUCUCCAUCUCCGUCUUUCAUGCACUGGUUCCCGCACACCCUGUUUCUGCACACCCUAAUUACAAUAUCCCUGUCAUGCCCCCCUGCAUUUUUGCCCAGAUGCACAUCCGUACCUGCCCUUUUGCACCACUCACGUACUGUUCUGAACACUGAUUGAUAUUUUUGACUCUUAUGUACUGUAUAUUGUAUAAUUUCGGUUACACUUGCACUGUAUACUGACUGUAUAAUUUCUCUGUAUAUUGACUUUUUACUACAUUCAACAUUCUUAUAGACAGUCACUUCAGGUUUAGUGUGUUAUCCCUGAUCUACAUCAGACACUACACCAGAAACUGCACUAACUCUACAGUAUAUUUAGCUCUUCUAUACGCUUUAGCUUCUUACAGACUGUCUAUCUAUGCUUAUUGUGUUAUAAUUGUAAUGGUUCUAAUUUCACUAACUGGCCCACAUUUAGCAAUAUCUGUAUUCUGACCCUUUAAGCGGUGAAACAGACUAUCUAUUAAUGUAUACUGCGUUGUCUCCUUAUCACCUUUACAUAUCCUUCGGCUUACUCACACCACACGUGUCAGCUGGCAUGCACGUGGCACGUGACUUAAUGAGGGGGAGGGGCUUGAGGCAGCUGUGUGCUGUAAAAAAUACAUUGUUGAUUGGAGAAAAACAUUUAAUUCAGAUUUUAUCUACUUGGGCGGGUCUUCAUCUACCUGGGCGGGGUGCCCAAGUAGAACCUAUGUAUGGGAAACACAGUAUCUGUUAGGAGGGGACUCAUUCUGUUAUUUCCAUCAAGUCUUUCCCCAGUUCUUAAACUUUAUUUGCACUUUUCUGUCUCUUUUUAAUGUUUGUUACAUUUUUUUUUUGAUUGUUAUUAACUUACAGUUUGGGACUUUUCCAUGUUACUUUUGACCUCCUGUUGCUGCAGAAACAGAACUGUCAUCACAGACUGUUGAUAACUUUAUUGUUCUUUAUCUCUAUAAAAGUUAAUUUGUUACUUUGGGCGAGACGCUGCUGCUAUCUGAUUGGUUUCUCUGGUCAUGUGAUUCAGGGACGUGAUGCUGAUCAGACAGACGGAGAGAGGACGUGUGGAUGUGAAGACUGUGAUCUUAGAGCUGCUGUACCUACAUCAACAAACAGAACCUUUCUGAUCACAUCAGAUCACAGUUUGAUUUAAAGUCAGCUUCUUCAUCACUCUGAAGAGGAGAUCUCAACACUUCAGGAGGACCAAGAGACCCAAGAAGGAGACAGAGCAUAGACUUACCUCCUCAUCUGUCUGAAUUAAUGGACAAACGUAAAAAACCUGUUACCAUGGCAACGAACACCUCAUCCAAAUAUGACAACAUCCCCUACAAAGUUAAGAUCCCAUCAGGAUCUCCUGCUCUGUAUCGGCUGAUACCAAGGAAAGAUAACAUUGGAAAUCUGACAAGAAUGACUCUUGGUGAAAAAAAUCCAAACAAGAACAACAAAACCAUCUUACUUGUUGGUGAAACAGGAACAGGAAAAUCUACUCUGAUCAACGCUCUGGUCAACUACGCCAUGGGAGUGAAGUGGAAAGAUGAUGUCUGGUUUAAGAUCGUAGAGGAGGAGAAGAGAAGUCAAUCAGAAAGUCAGACAUCAGAUGUGAUCGUGUACCAGAUCUUUGGUUUUGAAGAUAAAACUCUGCCCUACUCUCUGACCAUCAUUGAUACUCCUGGAUACGGAGACACCAGAGGGAUCGAACAUGACAUGAACAUCAUGGAAAGAUUAUUUUACUUGUUCCGCUCAGAGGAUGGAGUUCAUGAGAUUGAUGCAGUGGGUCUGGUGCUGACAGGGAGUGUGAAUCGACUGAGUGAUCGUCAGAGGUACAUCUUUGAUUCAGUGGUGUCUCUGUUUGGAAAAGACAUGGAGAAGAAUAUUGUCGCUCUCAUCACACACUCAAAUGGAAGAGCACCUAAAAAUGCUGUGCAAGCUCUUGAGGCUGCGAAGAUUAAAUGUGCCAGAGAUGAGAAAAAUCAACCUGUUUGCUUCCUGUUUGAUAACUGCCAACAUGAAGACAGGACAGAGGAUGCAGAAGCACUCAAACAUGCAGAUAAAAUAUCAAUGAAAGGAAUGAAUCAGUUCACAAACUUUCUGGUAGAAACUGAACCUCAGAGAUUGGAGACAACUGUAAAUGUCCUGAACGAGCGAAUCAGACUGACAGCCUGCAUCCAAAACCUGCAAGACAGAAUUGAGUUGAUUGAUCUAAAGCGAACAGAGAUCCAACAGACUCAGGAUGGUCUGAAGAUGUAUGAACGAGAGAUGAAGAACAAUGAGAAGUUCACUGUAGAAGUUGAUGUGCCUUACAAAGAUAAAGAACGUAUCGAUGGUGGGAAGUGGGGGUUGGUGUUCUAUGAAGCAGCAACCUGCUGUACUGUCUGUAAGGAGAACUGUCACUAUCCUGGAUGCACAAUGGCCCCGAAACCAGGACACUGUGAGGUCAUGAAAGAUGGCCGCUGCACGUCAUGUUCCGGGAAGUGUCCUGCAUCAGAUCAUGUGAAAGAAAACUGGAAGUAUGUGACCAAGACAAUGAAAGUUCAAAAAACUCUAAAAGAUGUGAAAGCAAAGUAUGAAAUGAAUAAAAAAGAGACUGAGAAGCAAGGGAACCUUUUGGAAAGUCUUCAGAAGGAGAAGGAAACCCUUGAAGCAAACAAAACACGUUUGCUGUAUGAAGCCUACCAGCAUGUUGUCAAACUGGAGGAGAUCGCCCUGAAUGUGGUUUCACUGUCUACUUAUGUCCACCUGGACUUCCUGAUUAAGGAGAUGGAGAAGAAAAAUGACACAGAGAAGGUCAACCAUCUAAAACAAAUGGCAAGUCGAAAAUGUGAAGGAGUUCAGGCAGGGCUGCAGUACAUGUAUAAUGCACUAUCUAAAAUGGUCAAAAGAGGAUGGCAAAAAUUAUGGUAGUUUCCCAUCUGUAUAUGGUUUUGUAUAAAUCUGGUGUUAAAGGUUACUUUUGUAAAAUAUUUAAAGAAAAAAAUCUGCUUAGAGAGAGAGAGAGAGAGAGAGAGAGAGAGAGAGAGAGAGAGAGAGAUAAAGAGAUUGCCCCAGACUUCCAGAUAUAAAUUGUUUGCUGUGUUGGAGCUGAAUCCAACUUUCACACUUCAGUCAUGAAAUCGAACUUUUAUUUGAUAUAUAUUAUAAUCAAUAUAUGUGAUUAUAUAUUAUAUACCCUGGUGUUUUCAUGUGUAUUCAUGUUUAAUGACUAGUUAAAUAUUUCAGAAGACAAAAACGUGAUGUAGGACACCUACUAAAGGAGUUCCGGUGAAACGGUCUGUUUACUGUUCUAAAUGAAUGCGCUACAUUAAAUCAAAAAGGAA